AUGAUCGCUGUUACCAUUUCUUUCUUCUACUCGUCCGUGCUGGCUAGACGAGAGACUAGGACGAUUGAGCCCAUAGCUAAAUCGAUACAUCUGUGGACCACCGAUCAGCCUUGGCCAUCUCUCGACUCAUUUGAUGUAACUUGUGAAGUAAAAAUCACUCUGAUUGACUGGGCAUCCGUAUUAGAGAUAGACGGCCUUGAACUCCCGAAUGAUUGUCAUAUCUACAAACCUUCGACGAGGGCCACCACCAACAUGCUUUUCAUCGGCGACUCAAUUUCGAGUGGUUUCUCUUUGGAAGAUGCGACUUCGCCAGCCCUUCCUCUUGGGAUCCUCGAUGCUUACCCUUAUCAAACGGCAAAUUCACUGUCGAAUAAUGGCAUGGACGUAGAAGUGGAGGUCGUUGCCUACCCUGGCAUCACACUUUGUGGUGGGAUGUCUGACAAAUUCUUCUGCCGCAGCGUGUGGGAUGCGACGCCUUUCAAGCCCUCAUUAUCCGUCAUCGACUUCAAAUACGUGUUUAUAGCGCUCGGAACGAACGACGUAGUCUCUGCUUCUGAGUUCUCCAAGACGCUCCUCAAGUUCAUUAAAGAGCUACUAACCACACCGCAAAUGAAGGAGACCGAAACGGUCUAUAUUUUACAUCCGUUCAUCGACUUUACUGAGCCUCUGGACUCUUUGAACAUCGAAAAUCUCCCAUUGCAUAUAUCUUACGAAAGCAAACCGCGCAAAGACAUCCGAAUAGUGACUGUGCCUCAGUCCCGAAUAUGCCAAGAUCUGAACUACGAACACACUUUGGAUGGGUUACACCCAACUGUCGAUGGGCAUAAGCUGAUUGGAGGGAAUUUGGCCAAAUUUGUUUUCGAAGAUCUCCGUGUACCAGACAAUUUAAAUUCGUAA